AUGUUUCCUCUUAUCGUAGAAAGCGCGGGAAAUUUAGAAAAAUUUCUAGACAGAGUAGCAGACAAUGGCAAGCCAGUGGAUUGCCGUGAAAUGUCUGCGAAAUUCACGACCGACGUGAUCGGGAGCUGCGCGUUUGGGAUCAACAUGAAUGCACUUGAAGACGAAGACAGCGAAUUUCGAAAAAUGGGCAAACAAAUUUUCGGUACUAAUUUCAAAAUGAUAAUUCGGAACCUUAUUAGGCAAUUUGCGCCAUCGCUGACGAACGUAAUUGGCAGAUUCGUUAAAUCGACGGAAAUUGACAAUUUCUUCAUCGAUCUGGUGCGAAACACGAUGCAGUACAGAGAAGAGAAUAACGUAAAUAGACCAGACAUGAUUAACAUGCUUAUGGAACUGAAGAAACAUCCAGAUAAAGUGAACAAUAUUGAAUUAACCGACUCCUUGCUUACUGCGCAAGCGUUUGUUUUUUUUGUCGCUGGAUUCGAAACCUCGUCGUCGACGAUGGGACAUGCUCUGUACGAAUUAGCACAGAAUCAGGACAUCCAAGAUAAACUACGACAAGAAAUUAGAAACACGUACAAGCAGAAUGGUGGAACACUGACAUACGCAGAUAUCAAAGAAAUGAAAUACUUGGACAAAGUGUUCAAAGAAACACUACGAAAGUAUCCAAUACUGACGAUGCUGAAUAGACAAGCAAUGGAGAAUUAUACGCUCAAAGGAACGAAGAUUACCAUACCGAAAGGAAUGAAAAUAUGGGUACCCGUGUACGGAAUUCAGACGGAUCCUGAUAUUUAUCCGGAACCAGAGAAAUUCGAUCCGGAAAGGUUUGAGGACGAUGCUGUUGCUGGUAGACAUCCUAUGAGUUUUCUACCUUUUGGCGAUGGACCGAGGAAUUGCAUUGAACAUGGACUACUACCAACUUCUUUUCGCCAUUGCUACCGUAGUGCUGGCAAUCUAUUAUUAUUACACUUCGAUCUACAACUAUUGGAAGAAUCGCGGCAUACCUGGACCAAAACCAGGACCGUUUCUUGGAAACUUUUGGGGUACUGUCACUCGAAAAUACGCGAUAGCUACUGCUGUGAAAAAUUGGUACCACGAAUUCAAACACGAACCAGUGUUCGGACUAUACGAGGGAAGAACACCACUUCUUGUUGUCAACGACCUGGAAUUGGUUAAAGAUGUUCUCAUCAGGGACUUUUCCUCAUUCAUGAACCGCGGAUUUCGAGUAUUCGAAAAGAUAGAGCCGCUGGCGCAGCAUCUGUUCCUUUUGGAGUCCGAGAAAUGGAGGCCACUAAGAUCGAAACUAUCACCGAUGUUUACAUCUGGCAAGCUUAAAGACAUGUUUCCUCUUGUCGCAGAAUGCGCGGGAAAUCUAGAAAAAUUUCUAGACAGAGUAGCAGACAGUGGCGAGCCAGUGGAAUGCCGUGAAAUGUCUGCGAAAUUCACGACCGACGUGAUCGGCAGCUGCGUGUUUGGGAUCAGCAUGAACUCACUUGGGGACGAAGACAGCGAAUUUCGAAGGAUGGGCAGAAAAAUUUUCAGUGACUUUAAACUACUGGCUCGGGUCGCUUGUAGACAAAUUGCGCCAUGGCUGAUUAAAGUAUUCGGCAGAUUCCUUCAAUCGACGGAAAUUGACAAUUUUUUCAUCGGUCUGGUGCGCGACACGAUGCAGUACAGAGAAAAGAAUAACAUAUAUAGGCCAGACAUGAUCAACAUACUUAUGGAACUGAAGAAACAUCCAGAUAAAGUAAAUACUAUCGAAUUAACCGACUCGUUGCUUACCGCGCAAGCGUUCGUUUUCUUCAAUGCUGGUUUCGAAACCUCGUCGUCGACGAUGGCACAUGCUCUGUACGAGUUAGCACAGAAUCAAGACGUCCAAGAUAAACUACGACAAGAAAUUAGAAACACGUACAAGCAGAAUGGUGGAACACUGACAUACGCAGAUAUCAAAGAAAUGAAAUACUUGGACAAAGUGUUCAAGGAAACGCUACGAAAGUAUCCAAUACUGACGAUGCUGACCAGACAAGCACAGGAGAAUUAUACGCUUAAAGGAACGAAGAUUACCAUACCGAAAGGAAUGAAAAUAUGGGUACCCGUGUACGGAAUUCAGACGGAUCCUGAUAUUUAUCCGGAACCAGAGAAAUUCGAUCCUGAAAGGUUUGAGGACGAUGCUGUUGCUGCUAGGCAUCCUAUGACUUUUCUACCUUUUGGCGAUGGACCGAGGAAUUGCAUUGGUGCUCGUUUCGCUCAUGUUCAAAGCAAAGUCGGACUUGCAACGAUUCUUCGCAAUCACAAAGUUGAUGUCUGCGAGAGAACUACGAUCCCUUACAAGCCUGAUCCGCGAUUGUUCCUGUUGGUUUCGAAAGGAGGCGUUCAAUUGAAAAUAACUACAGUUCAAAACUAAUAAAACCGUGAAUAGCCGGUGAAAUAUCGUUGGCAUUAUACGUCAAUAAUGAUUAUUAGAAUACAAUUUUAAGUUAUUUAAUUUUUGUACUGUUUUAAUUCAGUUUAAUUUUAUUGUUAAUAUAUAGCGGAGAAUGUAACCAAAUGACUUGAAAUUCAUAAUAAAGUUACAAACUUUCGUUAAUAACAAUUCAAAGUGCUGGACUGAUGUAUUUAUUGAAAUGGUCAACACACGAGUUAAGUGUA